CAGUGAGAUAUGGAAUAAUCCGGCAUUUGCAACAAGUACAUCCUGCAAUAAGCAAAGUGAAGGGACUUACGUUACAGAUGUAGUAGUACCUUUACUUCGAGCUGCUCUAGGGGGUCUGCCAAAUAGUCAUAUUUGUUUAAGUACUGCAGAACGCCAGAGUUUGGCAAGUAAGGCGCGCAGAAACAUUGGAACAAGUAAAGAGCGAAUGGGAAAGAAGCCUGAUGUGGAGUACGAAAAGAAAAUAAUUGAGAUUUUAUAUGUUGAGUGUUCACGUAUCGUCUGCGAUGCCACGAAAAAAGCAGAUGAUGAUACAAAGCUUUGGAGAGAAACAUUAGAUGGUGUAAGCUUUGUAAGCGCGGUAUGUAGACCAACUAGUAAUCAGUUCGGUAUUGUUGGGAUUCAGGUAGGUGGUGAGA